UGGGGAGGAUUACCCCCACCCCGGGGGGGGGGGGCGGUCCAGGGUAAAGAACUCAUUCACAUGCAAGAUUUGACUCCAUUUGGCAAUGUAUCAACCAGCCUUUGGAUCUUGAACUCUCUAUAAGUAUUAAACAAAAUGAGUCCAUCUAUCUCACCCAGAAAUCAAUAAAAAAUGAUUCCUUCAGAAAUAUCCAUUCUAAUCCUUGUAUUCCUUACCUUCCUGUGGUCUCUCCUCCGCAUCCUAAUCAAUGCCUUCUCAAGGCAAAGCCGAAAAUUACCUCCUGGCCCUAGGGCACUGCCAAUCAUUGGCAAUCUUCAUAUGCUAGGUGACCUCCCACAUCGCAGCCUCCAAAACCUGGCAAAAAAAUAUGGACCCAUAAUGUCCAUGCGUCUAGGGUUCAUACCAACCAUAGUGGUCUCAUCUCCCCAAGCAGCAGAGCUAUUCCUCAAAACCCACGACACCAUUUUUGCUAGCCGCCCCAAACUCCAAGCAUUCGAGUACAUGUCCUAUGGCACGAAGGCCAUGGCCUUUACUGAAUAUGGCCCAUAUUGGCGCUAUAUUCGGAAGCUCUGCACACUCCAACUUCUUUGUCCCUCGAAAAUCGAGGCUUCUGCUCCACUAAGAAGGGAGGAGGUAGGGUUGUUGGUGCAAUCCUUGAAAGUAGCCGCGGAGACGGACGAGGUGGUGGAUCUUAGUGAGAAGGUCGGUGAGCUUGUUGAGGGAAUCACGUAUAGGAUGGUGUUGGGGAGAAAAAAAGAUGAUAUGUUUGAUCUCAAGGGGAUUAUUGACGAAGGCAUGUUCUUGAUAGGAGCUUUCAACAUUAGUGAUUAUGUGCCUUUCCUUAGUCCAUUUGAUCUUCAGGGAUUGACCAAGCGCAUGAAGAGAGUUAGCAAGACUGCCGACCAAGUACUCGAAAAGAUAAUUCAGGAUCAUGAACAAGUUUCCGGAAGUGAACAAGGCAAUCAUCAUAAGGACUUUGUAGACGUGCUGCUUUCAUCAAUCCACCAACCAUUAAACCCCAACGAUGAGGAAGUCUACAUGCUCGAGCGAACAAAUGCCAAAGCCAUUUUACUCGACAUGAUUGCGGGUGCCCUUGACACCUCAGCCACGGCGAUUGUCUGGACCCUGGCCGAACUCUUGAGGCACCCGAAAGUAAUGAAACGUCUCCAAGAAGAGCUCCAGAGUGUGAUCGGGAUGGAUCGAAUGGUGGAAGAAAGUGAUUUGCCAAAGCUGGAUUACUUGGGCAUGGUGGUCAAGGAGAGCUUAAGGCUACACCCAGUUGCCCCAUUACUAGUCCCUCAUCAAUCCAUGGAGGACAUUACAGUUGAUGGAUAUCACAUACCCAAAAAAUCAAGAGUCUUUAUCAAUAUUUGGACCAUUGGGAGGGAUCCAAGUGUAUGGUCAGAUAAUGUGGAAGAAUUCUACCCUGAAAGGUUUAUGAAUAGUAACGUUGACCUACGUGGACAUGACUUCCAGCUCAUACCAUUUGGGUCUGGUCGAAGACGGUGCCCUGCUAUGCAAUUAGGGUUAACCACAGUUCGUCUUGCUCUGGGAAACUUGUUGCACUGCUUCAACUGGGAGCUCCCUAGUGGAAUGCUACCUAAAGACUUGGACAUGACUGAGAAAUUCCGCUUAUCGUUGUCGAAAGCCAAACACUUGCUUGCCAUGCCGACGUGCCGCCUGUACAAUCGACCUUAAUAUCUAUAGUACGUCUAGGCAUAAAUUGGAUUAAUGCAAAUAUCUUGUAGCUCAGUUGAUUAAGAAUAUUAUUCCUUGCCUUUGAGGUAGUUUGUUCGAUUUCCCUCUUGUAAAAAAUAAUUUGCUUGUCAUAAUGCCCACCUAUGUACCGCCUACACGGUCAACCUUCACAAAGGGUUGAAAUAAAUGUUUUGUAGUUAUAAUAGUG